AUGGCGGUAACUUGCCUUUUGGAUGUAUGCGUCUUGGUUUUUUAUGAGGCGAGACCUACAAAUUCAUUGUCACUCAGAUCACCUGUGGAAAAGCAGCGGAAAGAGGGGAGCACAAUGAAAAGCACAGGGCUGUUGCUUGGUUACUUUUUAGUGAAAGUUCUUGUGUGCGACGCAGAGGGAGAACCUGGCAAGAAUGUUGACGGCCAAGUGAUGGUUUCGGGAUCCAACGAGUCUAAAGAUGGUGAAAACAGUAUAUCGGAAACCUCUCAUACGGAGGACAAAUGCCGGGGAUAUUAUGAUGUUAUGGGUCAGUGGGAUCCGCCGUUUGUUUGCAGGACGGGCAGUUACAUAUACUGCUGCGGGACCUGUGGCUUCAGGUUUUGUUGCGAGUUUAAGAACUCGCGGCUGGAUCAGACCACCUGUAAAAACUACGAUACACCACCGUGGAUGAUGACUGGCAGACCACCGCCAAAGAAAAACGACCCAACUCACGAUCCAACGAAGGAUAAAACAAAUUUAAUUGUUUACAUCAUCUGUGGAGUUGUGGCUAUUAUGGCUCUGGUUGGGAUAUUCACGAAGCUUGGUCUGGAAAAGGCGCACCGACCUCACAGAGAAAACAUGUCCAGAGCGUUGGCCCAAGUGAUGCGCCAGGCAGGCCCCGGAGAGCUGCAGGAGCGUGAAGAGGGCCUGCUAACACACGGACAGCAUUACGAAAACAUAGCAGCCAGGGCAACAGGAAACAACCUCCAGGGGGCCCAAAUGAACAGCGUGGGUCCGGGCCCAGCCCUGAUGCAAGCUAUGACACCGUACCCUGCCAUCGGACAGGUACCACACACCUAUGAGCAACCGCAGCUCGGCAAGGAGCUCAACAAAUACGCCUCGCUCAAAGCUGUGGCUGAAAAAGCCAAUGAGAACUUUUAUACCAACCGACGACACAUGGCAGAGCUGGCUGCUAAAGGCACCCUCCCACUUCACCCAGUGCGUCUGGAGCCGGAGCCCAGUAACCCCUACAGCCCUGAGAUGACCUGCCAAAAGCAGAACGGACACAGGUCCAAAAGCACCAAGAUCCACAGCUCCCACACACUGGCUUAUGGAUCCAACACGAUCGCUGCCCCGGGCAUGCUGAAAGGCUGGGAUGGGACAGAGACGAUGGGUCGCCGACACACUUACGGCCCAAAGAAACACUGCACUGUGGAGCAGGUCAGUGAAUUGACCUCAGCUCACAGCCAGCAUUACCUACCACCACAGCCGUACUUUGUCAGCAGCAGCAAAACAGAGGUGACUGUGUAA